GAUGCUUUUGACUGAUCUCUUCAUGCACUGCUUGCUAAAUCUCCCUCUGGAUGUGGGUUUUCUGUGCUUGCUGAGCUCGUUGACUGUUAAUCCCGUCUUCCUUUCAAGCUGGGGUCUCUGUCUCUCUCCUUUUCUGGAUGGGUCAUCUCUGAUGAGCUGAUCCAGAUCUGUUGCACUGCCCCUUCUCAUUCAUGUAGAGAAUUGUUGAGCAUUCCGCGUCGACUGUGCAUGGAAUGAAAAGGAGCAGAGACUGCAGUGUUUUGCUUUUUUCCAGCUGUUGCUUUCACUUUUGACUUCUGGUCUUCUGAGAAGCUUCACAAUAAUGUACUCAGAAUUUGAGGAACUGCUGAGACCAUCAGCCCGGAAAUUUAUUUGCCUGAAAAUGGAGUUUCCUCCAGUUCUCAUGAUUAGCACUUUGGCUCUUGUGCUGUUAUGUUCUCCAUCGGCGUAUGCCCAAAGAGUCUCGCCUCCAUCACCGGCUUCCCUAAUCCCGACCCCAGCCCCGGCUCCUGGCCCCAAUCACGUGAACCUCACCUACCUCCUCACUUAUGCGGGCCCGUUCAAAACCUUUCUGGGUUAUCUCGAGUCCACCAAGGUAAUCUCCACCUUCCAGGACCGAGCCAACAGCUCGGAGGACGGGAUCACAAUCUUUGUCCCGAAGGACCAAGCCUUCUCGUCCCUCAAGUCCCCGUCCCUCUCGAACCUCACCGCAGACCAGCUAAAGUCCCUCUGUCUCUUCCAUGCAUUGCCCCGCUUCUACAGCCUGUCAGACUUCAAGAAUGUGAGCCAGAUGAACCCCCUCGGGACGCUCGCGGGAGGGCAGUAUACCUUGAACUUCACUGAUGUGUCUGGAACGGUCCACAUUAAUUCAGGUUGGACUGACACAAAGGUUAGCAGCAGCGUCCUUUCCAAUGACCGGGUUGCUGUGUACCAAGUUGAUAGGGUCCUCCUCCCCAUUGCGAUCUUUGGGACUGAUAUUCCACCUGCAGCAGCCCCAGCUCCAGCCCCUGUAGUGGCUGCUAGCCCACCAGAGGCGGAUGCUCCCUCUGGGGUUGCCGAUAACAAUGGGCCAUCUCCAGCUGCUUCCAGACCUAAUUCUUCCUGUAGGAUUGCUGGUUUGAGCGGUUUGGGUGGCUUGCUCCUGGCAGCUUCUACUAUGCUGGCUUUUUUAUUGUAAUGAAGGUUUAGAACUUAAUCAGGUCGAGGGUAGAUUCAUUUAUUUAUCAUUUCGUUCGAUUGCUUUAUUCAGACACAUUAGCUUUAUGUCAGAUUCAUGUGUUAUUGCCUUGGUGUUGUUUGUGAGGACAUGGAUUAUAUUUGAUAUUCCCAUUCUUAUUGUAAGACCUUGUUGUUCGACUCGUGAUAUUUACAUACCCGAUUCUGGUCCA